UAGGUUUGCAUUUUGACGGUUGUUGUCAACAGAAUUUCAGCGCGGUUGUAUAAAAUACCGCUUACGAAGUUUCUAAAUAAUUCACAAAAACUACUCGAUUGAUCGGUAGAAAUACGAAAUCGAAACGACUGAUUUAUCGCAAAGGUUCAUACAAAUUUAAAGGACUCUAAUAUCAACAAUCAGUGUGUGACCUAAGCGAACCGAGUGAGGUUAGAAUAUUCACAGCCAUGGAUUUCAAUUAUUUGCUUCAACAAGCCCAAAAACUGACGCACGACACCCAAGGCACAGAGGAUUUUCCCCGUGUGGAGCGUACAUUGCCGCAAGUAUUGCAAGCUACUCAUGAAUUGCAUGCCCGUGUCAUCCAAACUGGUGCUAAGGACAUUCAAGCGCAUAUAUUGCUGGGAUCGAAAGGCAUUGAACUGCCGAAAAUAUCACAGAAACUCGAAACGAUUAGCUCGAGGAAAACAUUUGAGCCGUUGGAUCCAAUUGCCGAAACUGACAUUCAUAGCUUUUUGCGUAACGAAAAGGAGAAUGCCAUUCUGUCAGUCAUUGAAGAAGUCCAUAAGAAUUCGUAUCAGUCGGCACAGAAUCAGAAAUGGAAGCACACCAUGAACGACUGGAAGCAAGAGAAGAUAAAAUUGAUGAAUGCAUUGAUCGGACCAUCACAGAACUGGAUCGACAUUCGUAAGGCGCCGGAACAAACUAUAUUGAACGAAUCAACGUUUGGUGGUAAAUCGAGCUUGAACAACGAGGAAAUGGCUUACGCUCGCGAAGUAGCCGAGUACAACAAAUUGAUUAUCAGUGGAGCGAUGAGACCGAGCCUAGUGCAGAAAUUCAGUGAAGUGGCUACGAAGUUUAACGAUUCGAAAGUCAAUGAUAUGUGGGAACUAGUGAAGUACAUGUCGAACGUUCCUCCGUUUCCCAAAACACAAGAUCCAAUCAAAACUCGUAACCAAAGGACACAGUUUGUGGAUCAGGCUAAGAAAUAUUUGGAAAAUCGGUACAAACUAUUCAUGACUGCAGUAAUUUCUGACAAUUUGCGUGAUGCACAAAGAGGUGGAGUGCCUAGCACCUACAAUUUGGUCAGUGCGUUCGUCGGACUGAAGUUCAACAACCAGAAUACGAACUCAUUCAUCGGAUUGCAAGACGGUUUCGUGGACGGAAAACCGUUAUGGCCGUUAGUGUAUUAUUCAUUACGUUGCGGCGACAUUCAGUCGGCACUAAAGUUUUUGGGCAGAGCUGGCUUGAACUCCAGCUCAUCGGAGACACCACGCGGCCACGAAGAUUUCGUUCAAUUGCUCGAAUGUAAGUUCCGUAAUCCCGAGCAAAAGAUCAAUUCCAAAUUGGAGAUGCAGAUCAAGCUACAGUACAAGAAGCACAUUCGAAACGCUACCGACCAGUACAAGCGAGCCUCCUACUGCAUUGUCGGCCGAUGUGACGUAAACGAGCAACACGCAGAGGUGGCCAAAACGUCGGACGAUUUCCUAUGGAUUCAAUUGUCGAUGAUACGGAAUGAUGGAGAGGUGACUGCCGACGAUUUGACUUAUGCUGGACUGCAAUCGAUGAUUCUGGAGCAAUACGGAGAGAAGCACUACAAUGCCCAGGAGCAGCCGCAUCUGUACUUCCAGGUUUUGACCUUAACUGGUCAGUUUGAAGCUGCUAUUGAAUUUUUGUCGCGUUUCGAGAGAUACCGAACGCAUGCUGUACACAUUGCAUUGGCUAUGAGCGAAAUAUACAUGUUAGGUGGACCACGUAAUGUUCAGGAACCGUUACUUUCGGUAGACAUUGAAGAUCCAGCACCACUUCGUCGUUUAAACGUUGCCCGCCUUGUCAUGCUCUACGUUCGGAAAUUCGAAGUUACCGAUCCGGCCGAAGCGCUUCAGUAUUUCUUCUUUUUGCGAAAUUUAACCGAUCCCGAAGGCAAAAAUCUAUUCCUUGUUUGCGUGACCGAUUUGGCAAUCGAAUGUCGUGAUUUUGAUUUAUUGUUCGGGAAAAUGCAGUCGACCGGUGUACGAUCAAGAGGAAUUAUCGACCAAUUCGAGACAAUUAAUAUUGACCCUUCAAAGGCAUGUGAAAUGGUAGCGGCUGCAUUAGUGAAGAAGGGACUGUUUGAGGAUGCCAUUAAAAUGUUUGAUUUGGCUGGUAUGGAGGAUCAAGCUUUGAAUCAUCUGUCAAUUUUAUUGUCACAAGUUGUGCACCAAUCGAGUACGCAGGGAUCGUUGAGAGAACGACUAUAUAUCAUGGCGGACGAUUUCGCAAGACGAUACAUAGGUGUCAUCAAUUGCGAUCCACAAAUCAUAUCAACGUUCACCACAUUAAAAGAUCUGGUCACCUUUUUCGAUUGCUAUCACGAAAAGAAGUACGAAUUGGCAUUGGAAACGUUGGGCCGAACGAAGCUGGUACCGUUGAGCAUGAACGAUUUGGAUAUCUGUGUUCAUAAUUUUAAGCGACUGGGCGGGGAAGUGUGUAAAGUUUUUCCCGAUUUACUAUUGGCUACCAUGGACAUUCUUCACAAUCAAUACAAACAGCUGAAGGGAAAAGACGGCGGAGCGAUAAACAACGAAUAUAGGGAGAGACAAUUGACAUUUAUUCGUGAUCAAGCGAAAGCGUUAUCGAAUAUGGCUGCAACCGUUCCGUACCGCAUGCCCGGUGAUACGAACAGUAGAUUAGUUCAAACCGAAAUACUGAUGCAUUGAAAUUGUCGACAGAUUUGUGACGAUGCUCCCCGUGAAUAUUACAAUUUUCCUAAUUUUUGAAAUAAAUUCAUCCGAGUCAAGAGUUAUAAACG